UUUGAACUCUGUAUUUACCAAACAAACAGCCUACGACGCUGAGAAUUUGGAAGCCUUCAUCGGAGAUAUCGUCAGAUGGGUGAAGUCUCGGAACGUGAGAGGAAGAUCGUUGUGGCGGUGGAUGAAGGGGAGGAGAGCCUGUACGCGCUGUCAUGGUGUUUGAAGAAUGUAGUUUUUCAAAAUUCCAAAGAUACCCUCAUCCUUCUCUACGCUCGCCCUCCUCGUCCCAUUUACACCGCCAUGGAUGGCACAGAUGGCGAAUUUCAAACUUUGCAUCCAACAGAAGAACUACCAGGGUAUUUGUUCUCGGCGGAUAUAAUGGCGACGUUGGAUAGGUAUAGUUACGACGUGGCAGAGGCCGUGGUGGAGAAGGCCAAAAGACUAUGCGACCAUCUAAACAAUGUGAAGGUGGAGACAAGAGUAGAAAGUGGAGAUGCAAGGGAUGUGAUAUGUCAAGUGGUGGAGAAAUUGGGUGCUCACAUCUUGGUAAUGGGUAGCCAUGGCUAUGGUCCAAUUAAAAGGGCAUUUAUUGGGAGUGUGAGCAACCAUUGUGCAAAGAGUGUGAAAUGCCCUGUUUUGAUUGUAAAGAAGCCUAAAAACUCAUCACCAUUAUCUUCUUCUUCAAACUAAAUUAAUUACUUAAUUUUUCUUUCACCUUAUCAUUUUGUAUAAGCUACUUUUUUUCUUUUCUUUUUAAGUUAUGAUAUUAUAUGUAAACUGUCUGUAAUUAUAAAUUAUCUUACCAAUAAAGUUUUACUUCCUAUCAACUCUCAAUUAUUAACAAGUUA